AUGUAUGGCAAUGGACAGAGGGAAAAGGAAGAGGAGGAAGAGGAAGAAGAGGAGGAAGAGGAAGAAGAGGAGGAAGAGGAGGAAGAGGAAGAAGAGGAGGAAGAGGAUGAGGAGGUUGGUUGGAAGAAAUGGAAUGGCAAAACGACUGGAGCUGCUGAAUCUUUUUUGAUGAGUCAAAAGGUAACGGACGAAAACAACUGCCUGUUUAAAUGCGGCAAAGACAUGCAUCUGCUUGCUUCAAGUAGGAAAAAAAACCUUUACUAG